AUGUUGACGCCGCCCUCUGUUCAUCGUUCGGUCGUUGCGCAGAACGCCUCGGAGAGGCGUGCACUUGCCGCAGAGAGGCGUGAGGAGGCGCUGGCAGCGCAGCUGGUGCAGGAAAGAGCUCGUGCAGUGGAAUGCAGACGACAACAGCUACAACUUGCCCAGUGCGAGCGAGAAACCUAUUUGGGACAGGUUCGAGCCUUCUUUGAUAUGGCAUGCUCCGUGCAGGGCAUACACGACAAACCUGUUAGUCUUUGUCAUCCGUCUGUUGGGCCGGGCGGGAACCGAGCAGGCAAGAGCUGCAGUUCGAGUGAAAGGCGACCAGCCUCCGUAGACAGAACUGCGGUGACCGCGGUGUCUAAGUCGCAACCUGGAUGGAGCGAAGUGUCCACCGCUGCUCCCUCAACUGUGGGCGAGGAGGAUCAAGUGGAUCUGUGCACUACACCUGCAGAGGCAGACAUUGGGUCAAGGCUUAGCGCAUCUUUGCGUGCUUGGUUGAAUCGGGCUGACGAUGAUGCUUACAAGGAGACUCGUUGGGCUGUCGGCAGCAAAAUUCCUGAAGAGAUGGAAUGCAGCAACUCGCUACAGCAACUCGAGGUUGCGCUCGCAGGGGAGAUCAGGGCAGGUGAAGAGAGGGAUCCGUUGGAUGACACCCUUUCUUCCAGUGAAGAUGACGUCCCCGAGUCACGUGUGCCGUCAACAGAAGUUCGUGGUCGCGCUUUGCCUUGCUCCAAGUCCGACAAUGCCACGAAGCCUGCGCGUGCACAAGCAAGUGCCAAUGCAUGCGACAGCUCACGUCCCAGGUGUUCUGUCCCAACAGGGCAGUGCGCUGUUGCUGUGUGCAGGACGACAGAUGUGGAGCGACGCCGCAGACUUGAAGCUGCGCCAAAGAAGGCGCACAAAUCACAGGCCAAGCAGCAAAGCAGGACGCCAGCGACAAUGACCUCGCUGAAGGCUUUGUCUAGUGAAGAGGAGGCUCUGCAGAAGAGUUUGCUGCGCUUAGACUUUGAGGAGAUGAAGCGUCAGUUCAGUGGCAAAGAGCCCUUGUGGCGAGAUGCUGAGGUGAUGCGUGAUACCUUCAAGGAUGACCCUGACAGAGAAAACAAGCUCCAGGCAUCUCUCCAACGACUUGACGGAGCUUUCAACGCUCUGCAGAGUCAGGUGGAGGUCAGGCUGGAGAGAGAGCGGGCGCUUGCAGGCUGUGACAAGAAUCCAGGAAAGGCCACUGCUCCAGCUUGCCAAAGGCGGAGACCAUUCAGCGCUGUUGGUCGUGGCCGCGCUGUGACUAAAAGUGCCGAUAAUAUCAUGUCCCCCGACUUCCAACUCCAAAGGCCGUGCAAGUACAUCCACGACGGAGGUUGGAUAAUGAUGUUUUUCUGCCUUGUGACACCUCGCCAGGCGAUGGAUGUGAGCCCGCAGCAACGGGAGCUUGUGGAGCAGGUGAAAAUCUGGUUCACUUGCACUGAGAUGGAGGCCCUGGUGCAGACGGCCGUUCAAUUUGCAGAUGCACACUGUGCUGUGUUCGAGCCCGAACUGGGCGAGCACAAGCUGGAGUACACCCGGCUACACAACGAAUUCAAGCAGCUUUUCGAGGACAGGCUGAAUGCCUUCUUGAGCAGCGUCGGUGCAACGCCCGAGGCGUUCUACGAUGCUUUUGAAAAAAUCGGGACGGAAGAAGGAGGCGAGGUGCAGGGACUUGCAGAAAUCAUGUACACCUGUCUGCAGUACGACUUCUUCUGCCAGAUCAUGUGCGAACGGAAGCGUGAGAUGGAAAUGCAGCAGGCAAGCGGUGUCCUUCCAACUCCGCCGCCUGCGCCACCUGGUGGCUAUGCAGAUCCACGAGCUCAAGAUGCAGAAGGUUAUUGCGCUGGCGCGCCGCUGGUCGACAGCUUUCAGAACCCACUCCAUUCUGAGACUUGGUACUCAGACCGUAUCCUUCAGAAGCAAGUCCUUCACGAAACUGCAUCCGUCUUUCUGCGGGUCGUCUUGGUUCAGUUGUCAGCAGAAGUCAGAGACUCGCAACACAAACGACGCGGGGUCUUGGUAUGCCUCGGCAAACGGUUCUCCAAAGUAGCAAUCAAAGCAGGGCCUUCCAUGUCGCUUGACAAAGUUACAGCAGGCACUGGCGGAAGUUCGUCUUCCAAAGCAGCCCGCCCGGUGCGAUCGCACAAGGUCGUUUUCCUGGGGCAGUGCGGCACUGGCAAGACAGCACUCAUCCGACAGUUUGUGCACAGGACCUUUGACCAGAACUACACUGCCACCAUUGGCAUGGACUUUGUUGGAAAGUUGCUCUCUCUUGAGGGACGGCAACUGCGCCUGCAGCUCUGGGACACCGCCGGCCAAGAGAGGUUUCGAGCAUUGAUGCCCAGUUAUCUGAGAGACAGCUCGGCCUGUGUUGUCGUGUACGACGUCACAUCCAAGGAGUCCUUUGACAGCAUCCGUGGCUGGGUGGACUUGGCCCUUGAGGGUCGCUCUCGCCGCGACUUGCUGCUCGUUCUUGUGGGAAACAAGAUCGAUCUGGAGGCGGAGAGGUGUGUACAGAAAGCCGACGGCGAGGCCUUGGCAGAGGACUUGAAGAUGCUCUUCUUCGAGGCCACAGCGAAAGAUGCGACUCUUGUGGAUGCGAUUUUCUAUGGCUUGGCGGAAGGUUUGACGUCGGAGCAGCACAAGCCCGAAUCUGACGACGAGAUCGUGCUUACAGCACCUCCUCGAAGACGAGAGGUGCACGAUCGGAACAAGAAAUGCUGUUGA